CCUGAGUGGGGAAAAAAAGGAGGCAAAGCUGAGAGUUAGGCAGUCACUUUUAACGUAGCGUCAGGAACAAGACAAGGAUAAAGAGGAAUCUUUAUAUCUAAUGCACCAUUUUGGAGUACUUUAAUUUCUGGGACACUCUCGUUACUUAGAGUAUGAAUCAGUCRUGAAAAUGACAGGUGCAGCAUUAAAUCGUGCGCCGUUCUGGAUUCUUUGGAUGGUUUUGAUCACCAGGGCCAGAGGGAACACUCCUUGUCCAACAGGAGGUCAGAUCCACCUGAGCAGCCUGCUCUGCUUUUGGCUCUCUGACAUAACCUCAUCAUGGUUUGAGGCACAAAAGUCCUGUCGAGAGAUCUGGGGAGGCAACCUGGCAUCUGUUCAAAGUGAGGAGAUGCAAUAUUUCAUCCAUAGUCGUUUUACAGAUAAAGCCACAGGAUGGAUAUGGUUAAAUGCAUCACGGACAGAAGGACCCGACUUGUUGGGGCUUACGGAGCCACAAACUUCAUCGUGGUGGGGCAGAGAUAGAGCAAAUCCGGAGCUGUGCCCUCAAAUGGCUGUGGGAACCCCGGGAAGGUGGAGGAGAGCUCGGUGUUCUGAACAAUACCACUUCAUGUGUGAAAAUCAAGCAACCGAUGCAUUACCAUCUGCAGAGAGUUACCUGACUGGAUUGGUUGUCAUGACUGGAGUCUACACUCACACAGUGAUACAGCCACUUCACACUGCACCAGAUAUUGGACAACGCACGGUGGAGAUGCUUCUGUUCCCUGGUUUGUGGUUCAGCCAUGCUGGUCAGCUGGUUUCAGUAGAGCUGGUGGUCCAGCCCAGCUCCGUGUCUUCUCUGGCUCGGGUUCAGAUCCUCCGACCCUACUGCAGUCCCACCCACCACCUGGUACCGCCAGGUUGCAGCUCUCUCCUGAACRCGUUCAGCUGCUGCUCAGCUCUGCCCCUCUGUAACACCACAGGGGGCUGCAGCCUUGGAUGGUACUGGUGCCCCCUGCUGGAGGCCUGUGUCCCCAACACCAGUCCAUGCAGCUCCUACGAUGCUGCAGUCAGGAGCCGGGGCUUCACUUCACCUCCAAGAUACUCAUCCCUUCCUCCUCUUUACCACCAGGUGGCAGACAUGCCUCUGMGCAUAAACCCAAGCUCUGAGUUCAGAACACUAAAUAUUCUUCUGCCGGAGCAAGGCAUCAUGGUGUACCCGGACGAUGUUGUAGCCGUGCAACACACCCUUAACUCUGGAGCAUUUCUGCACUGCCUGAAGAGUGAUGCCUCAAUGAGCUCUCCUUGGCGCCAAAGUUUUGUGGCCCUCAGAGGAGCAGAGUGGGGAGGCUGGUGGGAGGGGGGCCUCACCUCACUCCCCCAAGGAAGCACGUGGGUGGAUGGAGUGGUGUGCAAUCUAAGAAUCCUCUAUGAAGACAAACUUCACCCAGGAACUGAACAUGAAGAUAUUCUGGACUUGAUGCAUACAUCUGCGUCCGAUGCCAAGCCCCCGAUUGCAGGAUCCUUUAAAGGGUCAAACUUCAAAAUAAAUAUCAUCCAUCCUCUUCCAGAUGAAAAGAACCRCAUUAAUGUACAAAUCAAUGCCCCAACUGUUAUUGUCAUCAAGACUUUAUUUGGAGAUAAAGCCAAAAGCACCUGGUCAUUUCCAGUUCUCCAAACUGAAGUCCCCUUUCAUCCAUCUUGUCCAGAGGAGGUGCUUCAGUCUGCACCUGACUGUAGGACAAAGUCCAAGGACAGCUGGUUUUCCUCUGUGAUUCUUGUGUUGCCAUCACCGGGUGUUCAGACUCUCAACAUUAGUGUGACGGAUGAAAACAGGUUUCAGAGUCUGAGUGUGGAAGUUCAAAGCUACGAGGCAGUGACAGGUCUUACUGUGGAGCCACAUGAAUGCCUGAGGACUCUAAUACAAACAACACAGGYAUUUACAGCCAAAGUGCUAAGUGGUUUUCCAGUUAAAGUCACAUGGAUGGUUGACGAUUUGGAGGAGUCUGUGCAUGAAGGUGAAUUUUACAGCAUCAUGUUCGAGAAACCUGCAGAGCAUCAGCUCCAGGUGAUGGCAUCAAAUCCUGUGAGCUCCCAGAGCCUCCAGAUCCUCCUGACGACUGACGUAAAGGCACCACUGACUGAACCGCACUUCCUGUUUGACCUGGAGGCUGUAGCUGUAAACGUUCUUCACCUCUACACUGUAAGAGUCAGAGUGGAUAUCUCCCUUCCACUUACCUUCAGAUGGGAUUUUGGGGAUGAUAGUGAAGGCAUCAUUCACACACAGUCUGCUCCAUGUCGGAACAUGGAUGGACUUGUGAGAGGAGAAAAACAGGUCUAUGUUCAGGACUCAGUGAAUCACACUUAUUACGUCCCAGGAAACUAUACUUUUACGGUUCAAGUCUCUGAUCAGUUUGCCAGCACCAGUUCAUCCAUGAYGAUCAGUGCUCGCCCUCAGCUGACUAGCCUCCUAAUUCUACCUUCUACUUUAACUCCGCUUGUGAAGGGAAUCCUUCAUCUGGAAGCUUCCAUCAAACCAUCCUCUUCUGGCAUCCUCUACACUUGGGACUUUGGCGAUACCUCUAAAUAUGUUCAAGGUUUGGAUCAGAGAGUCAGUCACAGCUUUGUAUCUGCAGGAGUUUAUAACAUCACUGUAUCUACCAACAACAUUGUUUCUUCUCUUACUGCCUCACUUGUCGUGGUUGUCAUGGAGGAAAUCUCUGGAUUAACUGUCACACACGGUGGAGCAAGUGAAGCAGGAUCUCCUAUGGAUUUCAGAGCUACAGUUGCCUCUGGCACUAGUCUCAUUUGGGAUUUUGACUUCGGUGAUAAGUCUCUGCUGGCAAACCUUACAGAUGGAUCCAUCUCCCAUGUCUAUAUGUUUCCAGGGAGCUACAAAGUUGGCGUGGCAGUUUCUAACCCUGUCAGCCAUGCUCACCAGUCUGUCACUGUUGAAGUUUACAGUUUGACUGUCAGUGGAGUUCUCCCAACAGAAUGUGUCAUGAGUGGAAAAGCCAUACAGCUAAGAGCUCAGGUGAAUGGAAAUAUUUCUGCUCUGAGUUUCCAUUGGGCUUUUGGGCGAGAUUCACCUUUAGUUGUAUUGACUGGACAACCAACAGUCAUGCACACAUUUCCAAACCCCGGGAUAUUUCGCAUAAAUAUGACUGUGUUUAGUUCUAUUACAAAUGUAUCAUUUAUGACAAGCAUCUGUGUUGAAAGUCCAGUAACUAAAGCUGAGUUGCAGAUAUCACAGGAUGUUGUGGCAGUAGGAGAACAGGUGUGCCUUAGUGUGUUGGUUUCCCCCAAACAAACUACAGCUUACCAGUUUAAGUGGUUUAAUAGCUCCUCUGGUCUUGUUGACACUACAGAAAACUCUCAGAAGUGUUUUAUCUUCAGAAGUGAAGGUGUUGAAGAGUUGUCUGUACUCGCAAGCAACAGAGUCAGCAACAAAACGGCCAACGCUACUAUCACCAUUCAGAAACCGGUUAGGAAUCCCAUUAUUGCACAUGAUAGUCCAAGUGAAACACUCACAGUCAAUACGUCAACGUUAUUUUGGGUUGCUAGUUGUGUUGGCAGUAACGUGUCAUUGCUGUGGGACUUUGGAGAUGAAUCUCCUGUGGAGAAGCAGCCAAAUGUGUCCCACGUCUUUACCUCAGUUGGUAAAUUCACAGUCACCAUCACAGCAUUUAACUUUGUCAGCCAGGACUCUGCAACCCUUACAGUGAAUGUCGCACUUCCUGUUUCAGACCUUUCACUACACACUGAUGAACUUUAUGCCAUUGUAGGGAAGGAAAUUGUUGUCACAGCAGUUAGCAGUACUCCUAGCAUCAUUARCUACUACUGGACAGUAGAAGGUAGACCCACAACCAAACAGGGGACUUAUCAAUUCCGAUUUAUGUCUUCCAAACCAGGAGUGUUGAAAGUGAAGGUCAUGGCAUCAAAUUUAAUCAGUAAAAUGGAGGCAGCCAUCUUUAUUGAGGUUUUUGAAAGAAUAGAUGGUCUCCAUAUAGAAUGUCAAAACCUUACCAGCAAUAAAUAUUUACCUACUCUUGAGAAAAAUGUAUUUAGUGCUUCAGUAACCAAAGGCUCCAACAUCACUUACUACUGGAACGCGACACAGAGUGGAGUAACCCGACAAAUACAAGGUGAUGGAGAGCUUUUUCAUUUGAUGGCUGAAUCUCCUGGAUGGAUUUCAGUUCAGGUUAAAGCCUCAAAUGUCCUAAGUGAGGUUGUUGCGAGUGCUUCUUUUGUGGCAGUAGAGUGUGUAACAAAUGCACACAUGACAACACAAUCAAACAUUGUGGCACUGGGGGAAGCAGUGAAUAUGACUGUAUUUGUAAACACUGGUUCAGACAUGCAGUACCUUUGGUAUGUGAAUACCGAUGUGUCACCAUUGCUGACUCAUAAGCCCUUUUUACUCUACACCUUUUCAAAUCUGGGACAAAACUUAGUUACAGUUACAGUUCAGAAUGUUUUAAGCCAGAGUAAUUACACCAAACAGGUUUUGGUUCAAGCUGAAGUCCAAGAAGUAUAUAUUGAAAUCAAUAGACAAAAACAUCCAUUUUAUUUCAAUGUAAGUACUUCUCUUUCUUUUCAAGGGUUUGCCCAUAAAGGCAGCAAUCUGCACUGGGCCUGGAAAGUUAAAAGGGCCAACAAGACUCUUUUAGCCUUCAAUAAUCAAACAUUUACACACAGCUUUUCAGAUAUGGGCAUCUAUGAGGUGUACUUGAAUGUCUCCAAUGAGAUAAGUUGGCAGAGUGAUUUGCACAGGGUCAUUGUUCAGGAACCAAUCGAAGGUUUUAUGUUGAGCAUUAGCAAAACCUCUUUGUGCACUCAGGAAGAAGUUGUGUUUAUUCCAACAUUAGCUAAAGGAAAUAAUGUGAGCUUUGUUAUAAUGUUCAAAAACAAAGACUGGAUUCAAAUUUUGGACAUCUUUGAAGAUCAAUUUACCACAAAAAGUCUUCCAGCUGGCAAAUACUUAGUUUCAGUGAAAGCUCUUAACCAGGUCAGCAGUGCUGAGACAUCCAGUAGCAUUAUAGUAAUAGAGAUCAUCCAAGGUUUGCAUCUUGUUAACUGUUGUGCUACACUACAGGCUUUGAAAGUAGCCACUUUUAAGGCAGAAGUUCAAAGUGGCUUUUUAACAAAUUAUACAUGGAUGUUUCAGUUGGGAACUGGUGAAUCCAUGUGGCUAAUGGGACAAGAAGUUGUCUUUACACCAUCAGAGGAUGGUUUGUUGUCUGUUACUGUGCAUGCUAGUAAUGGUGUGUGUUCUCAGACAAUAAAUGAUACUCUAACAAUUGAGUGGCCUGUUAAAAACCUCCAACUUGUCUGCCAAUCACAGAGGAUAUUUGUUGGAUAUGCUGUCAGGUUUUUAGCCUCGGUAAAUCAUGCCACUAAUGUCAGAUACAUUUGGGAUUUUGGAGAUUCCACUGAAAUAUUAGUGACAAACUCACAGACUGUUAGUCAUAUGUAUUAUUCCAAGGGGAGAUACAGUAUUUUGGUCAAAGCUCUCAACAAUGUUAGCCAUGUUUCUACACAGCUAGAAGUGGAAGUGGAGGAGUUUCAGUGUUCCAGUCCAAGAGUGUCACUGGUCCAGAUCCAGCCCACAGUUUUUCGAUCUAGGCUGAAUUCAUUCGAAGCAACUGUGGACAUUAACUGUUCUGUUUACAAGACCAUCUACCUGUGGGAAAUUUUUAAGCAAGCAUGUCAUAUCAAUGAAACUAAAAGCCAAAGGAACUGGAAGGAUGCUGAUUCACCGUUUCUCUUACUUCCAAAGAAUACUCUUGAUGUAGGGCACUAUUGCCUGGUAUUCACGGUGUCCUUCAAAGAAACUCCUAUACUUGUUCAACAAAAAACAAACAUCACAGUGGUUCACUCCCCUUUGGUAGCUGUCAUCAAGGGAGGCUCCUACAUACUGUGGCCCAACGUCAGUGAUCUUGUCAUGGAUGGGUCUGAGUCUUAUGACCCAGAUGUGGAACUUGGAGUGGAUGAUCCUCUGGAGUAUCGCUGGGCCUGCUUAAUGAUGAGCUCCCCAGAGUCUUCUUUAAAAAGACAGUCCAUAGAGAGCACAGACAAGAGGAUGACUGUAUUCAAAUCUCAGCUGCUCCCAGGCACAGUCCACAUUUUUACACUCACUGUCUAUAAAAAUGGGAGAAGACCAGUUUCUGUCAAUCAAACGGUAACUGUGACAGAAGCUUCAGCAAUUCCUGUGAUGGUAAAAUGUGUUUCCUGUUCUGUUAUUUCCUCCAUUCACCACAUCACUUACAGCAGUCCGGUUGUACUUGUUGGACAAUGUGGACUGUGUGAUGAUCAGGCUCAGUACAACUGGAGAGCUGAAGACCAGAGCUGCCUGACGCUUGACCUCAAUGACAUCACAACCUCCACAGGAAGAGGUUCACCAAAGUUGGUGGUGCGUUCAAGUGUCCUGCAGCCAGGUUGUAGUUAUUCCUUUGUCCUGAAUGUGUCCCAGCCUGGCAGCAGGCGGUGGGGGGGAGCCAGCUUGACAAUACAGGCCAGUGGUCCACCACGAGAUGGCGUAUGUCAACUAAGUCCUGAAUCACAAAUACGAUUGCUGGAGACUGUCGUCACUUACAAUUGUUCGGGAUGGCAAGAUGAUGAAAGCGAGACCUCUCAGCUGAUUUAUACUUUCCAAGUGGCACCAUUCCAACUCUCUAGCCCUAUUUACCCUGUGCUCACUCUCUACAGGGGUACUCGCUCAACAUUCAGCUGCUUGGUUCCUAUGGGAAGUCCUGGGCCUGAAAAAAACACAACAGUUAUCACAGUUACAGUACUGAUAGAAAACCAUCUGGGGGCAAAGAUCACAGCUCUGAACAGAACACUGGUAGUUGAGAAUCCUGUUAGUAACAAAGCUGAUGAUCAGUGGCUCCGCAACAAAAGCCAGACAGACCUGUGGGCCCUGGUCCAACACGCCAACCCUCAGGAGAUCAUCCCUUAUUCUAUUGCUCUCAUCAGCACACUUAAUCAGAUGAAGUUUGGGGAUUCUGCAGAGGAGUUCUCAAUUAGGAGGGAGAUCAGGGAAAAUGUGACCCAAGCUCUGAUCUCUGUUCGUGUGUCCUCCCUACAUGAUGUUGACCAGCUCAGCUCAGCACUCACACAAUCUACUGCAGUUCAUAGUGAGCUGACAUCUCAAAGUGUGAAUGAACAAGUUUUGAAAGCUGUAGGACAAAUGAUCCACGUGAUAGACCAGAGUACUAGUCCCACAGAUUUGCCAGCUUUAGAUGUAGGAAGAAACAUCCUUGAUAUUAUAGGUAGGACCAUUGCUGCUGUGUCGGAGUCAAGCCGUGUUUCCAGUUCUCACCCAGCCAGUUCAACAAGUCUACAGGCAGUUUCUGUAGUCACAACAGCACUGAGCCAUGCUGGAGCCUUAAUGCAUGCUCUUACACAUGCACAAGCUCUGAGCAAUGCAGCCCUUUCUUUUUCYAACAGUUACAUCAAGACACUUGGUUUUCUUGGAGAUCCGUUGGAACUUCUUUGCUGUCAMCAAUCWAACCAGUCUAAUGGUAACCCGCCURCACAGUCCUCAUCAAAUGACAGACUUAAAAGAUCUCACUUGUGUCCAUUCUUAAUCCCCACCUCCCUCAGUGCUCAUGUAAGGAGUCAAAGUGCUGAGGUGGUGCAGGUAGUGGUUGGUAUGGAUGGAGCGCUGGAGUCUAAUCCUUUGCUGAGUGCAUCCAACCCUCCCAUCUCCACCACUGUGGUUGCCAUGGAGCUCACCACCCCUCAAGGCCAGCCCAUACCUAUCCAGGACUUGGACUCAGAGCAAGCCAUCCAGGUCACCCUGCAAAACAGUCGCCCUAUGACUCAGGGUGAUGAAGGUGAAAAUGAGAGAGAAAGGGAGGACAGGAAUGGAACAUGUCUCAGAGUGAUGCUCCCAAAUGAAGGACAGCUGAAUUUCACUGUGAAGACUCCAGAUGACCUGUAUAAAAAUGCAGGUUUAUACAUCUCCUUCAAUUUUAGCCUGACUCCAGGAACUACUCCAGUGACUAUGGGACAUGUCAAGAUAAAAGUGAUCCCAGCAACUAAUGCAUCUCAGGACUGCCUUGUGAGAGAGAGGGCUCUCGCAUUCUCUGCUGAGACCUCCUCAGAGGAAACCAUUUUUCUGUCUCCACUGUUGAAUGGAACAGAUCAACUUCUUUCCGUCAGCCUGGCCUCAUCUCUGAACAACAGCUGUUCUGUCCGAGUUUCAGUGUGUAUCUUCAGCUCUCUGUGUCAGUACUACAAUGUGAAAGACGGGCGUUGGAGCAGUGAGGGUCUUCGGUCACUGGAGGGCAGUACACUACACAAGGCACUUUGUUUAACCCAGCACCUCACCAUGUUUGGGGCCAGUAUGUUUCUUCAUCCUGGGGCUGUUGUUCUGUUGCCACCGGCAAAUGAGCCCCCGCAGAACAUGGUAGUGGGGAUUGUGUGUACUAUCCUGGUUGUGCUUCACCUGCUUCUGGGGCUUGUUGCACACAAACUGGACCACUUGGACAGCCUGAGGCUGAGCCAGGUYCCUCUAUGURGUCGUCCAGGACUGUACCACUACARAGUUCUGGUGAAAACGGGCUUAAGACCUGGAGCAGGCACCAGAGCACAUGUUGGCAUCAGUCUCUAUGGUGUGAGCAAGAGCGGUUCACACCAUCUGCAGAGGGAUGGAGCUUUUCAGCGAGGCAGCCUGGACCAAUUUCAGGUGGAGACAGAUGACAACCUGGGAGAGAUAUGGAAAAUUUGCAUCUGGCAUGACAAUACAGGUUUGGACCCAUCAUGGUAUAUUCAACAUGUGGUGGUAUGGGACCCUCAGACAGAUCACAUGUUCUUCUUUGUGCUGGAGGACUGGCUAUCUGUAGACAAUCAAAAGAACAGCACAGUAGAAAGGGAAGUCCUAGCUUCAUGUCCAGAAGAGCUCACCCAGUUUCAACGAGUCCUCACCUCCCAGCUGAUAUUUGGAAUGGCAGAGAGACAUUUGUGGUUGUCACUAUGGGAACGACCUGCUCACAGCUGUUUCACCAGGGGUCAGAGAGUUGCCUGUUGUUCCCUAGCGCUUCACCUUUACCUGGCUCUGGGUACUCUGUGGUUUGGGGCUGUUGGGAUGGAAAAACACAGUGGACUUUUGUCAACCUAUCUGCUGGUAAACUGGGAGACGGUUACCRUGGGGAUGGUCAUCGCCUUGUUAGUUUUCCCGUUCCAGUGUUUCCUCGGUUUCAUGUUUAGAAAAGCUCACAGUCAGGUUACUUUAGACAUGUCCAUUCCUCCUUCUCCGGCUUCUCGGUCUCUGGAAAUAGACAUCUGCCACAUCCAAUCAGAAAUUUCCAGCCCCUCCUUCUUGUCUUUUCCAGAAUCUUCUGGUCUUUUCCAAGAAAGUCCUUCAUCUCUUCUGGAAAGCAAGGCAUUAGACUCUAGUAUCCUGGACUUCUGGACUGCUACUGGCUUGGUCCCACAGAUAGAGGGACCAGAUCUAGGGGAUGUGACAGCAUGGCCAUCACAUGAUCGCUUCCCCGGUUUGCCUGAAGGCUCAGACCUCUUAAAGAUGACCCUAGCCCCUGAUCUCUGCAAAGUCUCGUCUGUGCAAGUGCCUACUCGCCAGCUGAAGAGGAAGAAGGCUGUGAAACAACUCCACCUGGCUUCAAACACAUCUCCAUUCCAUCACUCUGCUCUUCUUUCUUCAUUGUGCUCACACUCCUUGACAGAAGACAGUUUCCGUUUCAACAACUCUUCUCAGCCAUGUCAAAAGUCUCCCCACCUGAGUCCCAAUCCAGUUAAUGUUUAUAACCACAAUAAGUCAACACUUCUAACUCUGUCUGAAGAGAAUCUUCUGAUGUCAAUAGCUGCAGCAGAGGGUACUUCAGAUGCAAUCAACAGCAACUCAGACAGUGGCCGGGACUCUGCAAAAAUGAUGUCUUCUUUCACAGCCUCGCCAAACACUUCUUGGAGCAGCUGGUCAGAAGAACAGGAUUCUUCGGACUCCCUGGAUGAAGCAGAAAUCAGUCAACCAGAUGCUGAGGCUAACCCCUCCCUAUUUGAGGAAGUCUCUCAUAAUUGGUCCUCUGUGCGGUCAAUGGACUCGAUGGCAAGCACCUUCUUACCAGACCCUUUGCAUGAAUCUGUCCCUUCCUCCUCUACCACACGUAUAGGUGUUGCUCGAGGUCAGCCAGGCUGGUUCCUCCCUCCAUGGGCUCUGCGUCUUGUUUACCCAUUCAUUGCUCUCCUUAUUGGUGCCUGCCUGGCAAUGGUGGGACUCUAUGGAAGUCUCUUCUCCAAAUCAGUAUUACUCAUGUGGCUGGUGUCUGCUCUCACUGCAUUUUUUACUUCUGCUGUACUGUUGGAACCUAUCAAAGUGUGUGUGCAAGCCUUGGUUUGCACUGUGAUGUGGGGUCCUGUGGAUCCAGAGGUAGAAGAGUUGCUGGCUCAAGAGACCACUGUGGUCAGGACAGCAGGAGAAUCCAGUCGGAACAUUCGACCUCCAUGUGGCUAUGGGCUACUACAGGCGAAAGAGGAGGCCCGCAAAAUACAAGCUUUGCGAUCUCUUAUGCGGCACUGUGUUUGCCAGCUGGUAUUUUUACUGCUGGUGCUGAUGGUGAAUUACCAGGACAGGUUGGRGCAAACCCAGGCCCAGCUGUUGCGCAUCACCAUCAGGCAGCAUCUUCACACAGCACCUGUAGGAUUCCCUAACCUCACCUCACUUAAAGACUGGUCAGAGGCAGAGCAGUGGAUCAAUUACACAAUGGUGAAGCACCUCCACCAGAACCCCCUGCUGCAGCUUGUAGGGCUUCCUCGGCUGCAGUUCACCCAAACACCUGGUGACUCCAGGACUGGCCUUUUAGGUAACAACAGCUCAACAACCCACCAGCUGCUGGCUGACAUGCACAUCUCAGACACAAACAGGAGAGGGUAUAAAACUGUUUCUAUAGACUUUACACAGCAUCACAGAGAAUCAGGCUUGUUUAUGUGUGUGUCUAUACGACUGGAGCUGACUCGGACACRAGGCAUCUCCUCUUUCCUCUCUGUCCUUCCACUCCUCAUUCCYUCAUCAUCCUCAGGACUGGACCUUCAUGUAGCCCUAACGAUUUUUCUCCUCGUCUCUGCUCUCCUCAUCAUACUUGAGGAACUGUGGGCUUUCGUUACGGAGCGUGCUCAGUAUAUCUGUCAGUGCCAUCACUGGUUCCAGCUGCUCUUGAGUUUUUUGRCUUUUUCAACAGCUGUUCUGCAGCUCCGUUUCCUAUCGCUUGCUUCUGUGUGUGUUUAUAAGAUACAGUCCAAGUCGGACAACUUCAUCAACUUCCAAGAUGCUGCCUCGCUGGCAGAAAGGUCUUCUCAGUGUGCUGCACUGCUGCUCUUUCUGCUUGUUCUAAAACUUCUGGGAACCUUAAAGUUUGUGCGGAGGUGGGUGACGAUAGGCAGAGUUCUGCAGAGAGUGCAAAGGGAACUGUGGGCUGUUGCUGUUCUGAUGCUGCUGCUCCUUCUGAUCUGCACUCACCUUGGAAACAUGCUUUUUUUUCAGUCAUUUGAUGGUUUCCUGUCAAUGAAGGAAAGCAGGGUCUCAGUGAUGUCCAUGCUUUGUAACCAGAGGGUACUUCAAAAACUCUGCACGGCCCACCCAGUGCUGGGACCACUCUAUGGACUACUUGUGUUUGGCAGCAGCAUUUGGCUGCUGGCUAAACUCUGCGGAGCAGUUAUUAUCUCUACAUAUAGGGUAAAGCAGACUGAGUUGUUUCGUUUGACCAUUGAACCUCAAGACUAUGAAAUGGUGGAGUUUUUCAUCAAGAGACUCAAGCUGUGGAUGGGACUAACUAAGGCCAAACAGUUCAGACACAGGGUGAAAUUCGAAGGCAUGGACAUCCCUCCUUCUAGAUCUUCACGGGAGUCUAAUUUCUCCAAUCUGUCAUCUAUACUUCCCUCCUCUUGCUCCCCAUCUUUGUCACCCUCAGUUUCAUCCCCUCAUCUGCCACCCUCAGUCCUCUCCAUCAGGUCUGAAGACUCGCCACUUUCCAAGUCAAAGUUAGAUAUUCAGCCCAUCCUGGACAGCUUGGAGCCUAUUGUCAGUACUCUGCUAUCUCAUUUCGAUCGAGUCAACCAGUUAAURAAAGAAGUUUAUAAUCUUGAAAUUCAACUAGAGGAAGCUCAAGACAGGAGAAGAAAUAGAAGGAUAAGUAACAGUGAGAAAAAAGAAACAAAAUUUGGAGCAUCUUUAAAGUCCCAAGAACCAAAAGAAGAAAGGGUAACAGGAGAAGUUAGAYGCAGAAAAAUGGGCCUUUUUUAUCCAAAGUCACAAGUUUCAUUUCCAUGCUUCGAUUCCUUUUCUCCAUCCACAUUACAGAUCUCUGCUGCUUCAUCGUGCAGUUUUCCACGUGUACGUAGCUCCUACUCUGAAUCAGAGUCAAGACCAUUUCAGUCUCAACUAUCCAGAGGCAAGGCAUCUUUAGGUGCCGCUAUACCUUUAUCUGCAGCACACAUCUGCGCUUCAUCAUAUUCCACUCUCCAGUUCCCCAGAAGAAGAGCAUGGCAUUCUGGGAGCUCUCAUUCAGCUGAUGCUGCUCAGAGGACCUCCCAGUCUUUAGGAGUUGCACCAAAUGUUAAAGAAACUUUAACAUUUACAAAUACCAAACGCAGAAGUGAAGAGCAGGAGAGAAAAGGUAUCUGCAAUGGGUUUCCACURAAGAGGAAGGCUUGGAUCUCUGAAGCACCAGAAACUGAGGAAGAUCCUAUUUUCACACUGGAAGAAGACACAAUACCUCCAAUGAAGAAUUUUAUUUUGAAUUAGAGCCACCGCUCAUUAGUUGUCAUCAUCAGCUAUGAGUUGACAAACAAAUAGGCUGCAGAUGUUCAUUCCACUGUGCUGUAAAUGAUCCAUUGUACAGGUUUCUGCUUAGUGUAAUGUAGUCAUAGGUUUGAUUUACAUUUGCCGUUGUCUAGGGUUCUCAGAGAAAACCCACAAUAAAAUUGUACAUUGUUUCUCCAUC